UUCUACAAGCAAAAUUGGCUUGAAUUCGCUCUAGUGCGACCCGGCCCUAAACUGAAGCCGGUGUGUGUCUCUCGACCACCUAAUUAACAACAUAGAGCGUAUCACAUUCCAACUACUUGGCAGCCACACAAACAUUUGCGAUUAGGGCGUUCACAGUAUUCUGAGAAACGGCUUGCAUCUAGUUUUCCACUAAAGCUAGAUUCACUGUUCAAGAUGUUCUCUCUCGUUCUGUGCUUAAUUUCAUUCUCAUGCUUUUCUGUAGCUCGCAGAGAGCUUCAGGCAGUCUGUUCUUCAGGCAUGACUGUUUUGAAAAACCAAACAGCGUCCCCAGGAGUGAUAAAACUUACUGGUACGCUUCCGGCUUACGACAGGAAUCGGCAGUGCUCCUGUGUUUUGAAAAUGGACACACCUGAGAGCUGUUUGCAUGUAAAAGCUAAAAGAAAUGGGAACUCUCAAGGUUUCUUGAAUAUUUUUGUGUAUGAAGCUGAAGGGUCAUCGACAUUACUUGGUCAUGUGGAUGUUUCUCAGCCUAAACCUGUUUGGAACUCUCAGACCAUUUGUCCUCCCCGCUCAGUCAAACCGAGAGAUAGGUUCGUGUCAGUGGUGGGUACGGGUGGCGUGUCGUUUGCAGUCGACUUAAGUGAAAGUCCUUCAGAAAUUAUGUUGGAUAUACCACAGACAGUCGAUAUCAAGAACACCAAAGCGAUCGUUUUUCCGUUCAACCCUCCAAAAGAUCUCUCAGAUAGACAACUUGACAUCACUGUGACUUCCUGGUCAAAUACACCAGCUUACUUGAAAGUGUCUCAGAUCCGUAAAGAUGUCGAUGACAACAUAGAAGUUGUGGAUUACAAGAAGGCGUCACUACGUCUUUCCUUUGCCACGAAAGGACGGAUUACCCUGUCCAAGGUGUCUGUGCCUCCUUUAACUGACUCUACCUCCACCUGGUUCAUUGGAAUAGCAUUAAAAAACUCAACAGGUAGUUUAAAACCAGGAGAGUCGAAAAAUGUUACUUUGAAACUGUCACAGUCAUUUGAUUACAGUUAUGCCACACCUAUCUGUACUUUGUUUUUUGUGUCACUGGUGGGAGGUAUAUUAGCGUCGAUGGCUGGAUUGUACGUUUUUAAAGAAUAUCUUGUUGUAGUUAAUAUUCCAGAACCACUUGCUAGAGUUAACGUGAGUAACAGGGACCAAGAUAAUCAGCCUAGCAAUGGGCAGGACAAUGGUAAUAAUUCUCAGUCGAAUAAGAUUACAAAAUUUGGGGCAUUCAUUUUCGCCAUGUUGAAAGUAGCAUACAAGUACUGGUUUUCAGGGGGUCCUAAAACCUAUUCUUAUGGUACAGGGGUUGCGGGUUUCCUGCUUAUGAUUGGCGCCUGCCAAUUUGUCAUUGCAAACUGGUAUGUAAUGAUCCAAGAGGGUGAUAGAGACGACUGUUAUUACAACGACCUUUGUUAUAGAGUUAGCGAUCAUCAUGAUAUCCCACUGAACUUAAUGAUAAGUAACUUAACUUACAUAGUCCACGCACUGAUUUUAACUGUGUCCGUGUGGUACAUGGAAACAGAGCUGUAUCUUUUCUGUGAAAAUCUUAAGAAGUCUGUGACCUCUGGGGAGCAAGCCACUCAGCCUGGUGACGGACAGGAAAAUGGCAACAAUGGCGACAGUCGUCAAUCAACCUCAUCUGGUUGUAAAGGUAAACAACAGCUACCAAACCAUGUUUUCGUGUGUCCCAAUAUCACUCCGCAUCUUCAAGAGGGGGCUGUUCCAGAGCAUACGUUGGGAGACAAAGAAAAGAAGACACUAAUGGCCCGAGCACUGAAAAGGAAGUACUCUUAUUCCAUUGGGUAUGCCUUUGCCUGGGCCCUCCUUUUUGAGGGAUUGUUUUCCUUGCUUUACCAUUUGUGCCCAAGCAGGUACGCAUUUCAGUUUGACUCGGCAUUUAUGUUUGUAAUUGCCGGUUUAACUGUCCUUUUGGUGUAUAAUGGUAUGGAAUUGAGUGAGUGCCCACUGGAGAAACAACCACGAGGGCAACACCCAGUCGAGGCUUGGCCAGGAGAGCAACACCCAGUUGAACAGCCAGUAGAGGAACUCCCGGUGGGUGCAUUGAAUUUUUUCCUCUACUUCAUAGUGCCACUUUUCAUCUUCAAUUAUAUCGGUACACUCUAUCACUCCGGAUCUGGACUAGUUAUAGGGUUGCAAGUGAUGUUUUUCAUCUUUCUGAUCAUCUGGUGGUUCGCAAUGGCUUGCUGGGCUUUCCAUAAGCUCAAACGUGUUAAAGGGGUUUUGCCGUUAGGAAAGUGUGAGGGAAACACUUGCACUGUUGAAAUGUGUUGGAAUGCGUUUUACUACAUUGUUGGUUGUGUCAUUGCUCCACCUGUACUGUUUGUACCGAUCUUUCUUCUCAUGGACCUUUCUCAAGUGUUUCUGUUUACUUGUAUUGCAGAGAGUGUUUGGGCUGUUAGUGCCAAAGUUAAACUUUUACAAAAGCUCUGGAAACUACUGUGCCAUUGCGAGCGUCCAGGUAUGUGCACGAGGUGGGUAUUUUUUCGGGGGUGUUAUAUCUUCUUAACUGUUGCCUUUUUGGCAGGAGCUUUUGGCGUAUUCCUUGGCCUGGCAACCACCGACAAAACAGCGUCACCUGAAGAUUCUCGUGAUCUUAACAAAGAAUGCGGAAUUCUUGGGUUUUUCGAUUGGCACGACCUCUGGCAUUUUUUGUCUUCUUUUGCCUUACUAAUGGGUGCAUUUGUUAUCAUGUUUAUAAGCGCCGCUGAACCGAAAAACGGAAAAGCAGCUCGGCGGAAUGGUCGUGAAAUGGAUGCGGUUGAAAAUCAUGCGAUGGAAAAUGAAAGUGUUGAUGAAAAAUGACCUGGCAGCAGGGACUUAGGCUGUUACUCCACGCAGGAUUUCUUUUCCAAAAGAAAACAAACAAACAAACAAACAAACAAACAAACAAACAAAAACGCUGUAUAUGUACUGAUCCUGUGGUAGACGUUAGGCUAUGUGAACAUAACCCCAUUUGAACAAAAAGUUCGAAAAGUUCCGAGACCUCCAGCCAGACAUGAUUUUUCUCCUUUUGGUUUUUCUCCUUCUGCGACCAAACGACUUCAGUUUGUAUCGAAUUGACUUCAGUUUGUACUGAAUCGACUUCCAUUUGUAUCGAAACGACCGUAGAUGUAAAAUUACUCUGUAUUGCAACGACCGUAAACCGAACCAAACCGUCGCUAACUCGAUGUCACAGUCAGAAAUCAAAAGAAAAGCCCUAAAAUCCAUACCACAUUGAACCGAACGUUCCCGUUGAGACCAAAUAAGGUAGUAGCUCCUACGACAGGUUUAAACAGGGUUUUUAACUUGUUAUGAAGCUUUUUGAGCUGCGAUGUAAAGCUCAAACAAUUCUAUCGCUUAUAUUACUGAUUACUAAAUGCAUGCUAAGCCUGCACUUGCACAUAGUAAUUGGCUCAGUGCAGGGUAAGUUAGUGUCACAAUAUUUACUAAUCAUUUUAAAUGCACCAAUAGCUUUAAACGUAAUGAUGUAAGUCAGAUAACUUUACAGUGUAAGCUGAAUUUAAGUGUAGGAGAAAGUGUGUUCAUUUGAGUUUUCCUGCACAAAGAUAUAAUAUCUAGUACAUAGAAUAGACCUUUGUGAGAAAGCACAACUCAUAUAUUGUAACUUACCGAUGAAAUGUAACUUGCAGUAUUAUUAAUAAGAAAACAUUUCAAAUGUACCAACAGCUUUAAAGAAAUUUUAAGCCUAACAACUUUACAGUGCAAGCUGAAUUUUACUGUAGAAGAAAUGUAUUCAUUUUAGUUUUCCUUUAGACAGAUGUAACUAUAAAGAUUACAGCUUUGCAAGAAAGCACAACUCGUGUUUUGUAGCUUACUGAUGGACAUAUCAAGAGUGAUAUGUUAUUUUACUACAUAACAUUAGCUAUAAGAUUAAGCAUGCCAGUUAUAAGAACCUGCUUCGUUUAUACUCCUCACCCACCACACUCCCCCCAUAUUGACUGGCCGAUGCGCAUGUCGCAAACAUAUUCUGAAUAGAAAGAGCCAAAAAGACAAGACCCCUCCCCCUCCCCCUCCGGAUAUGAGUUACCUCCGGUACAAGCCUAGCCAGAACCCCUUUAAGGUGUGUAAGCCCUGGACUUAUAACUGGCAUUUUACGAUACAGCUACCAGAUUAUGUUACCAGUUGGGUGCUAGUUUAUUGUAGUAUCAUAUUUUUGGAGAAUUUCCAUUUAUAUGUAACAGGUUGUAGGUUGUACAAUAAUAAAAGCAUCUAUAUAUCGUUU